AUGAGCUGCUCAAUCUGCAUCAGUUCUUUUUCCCCACCAAUUUGCACUCUCUUUUGUUCUCACGCCUACUGCUUUUCCUGCAUCCAAGAAUGGUGCAAAGGCCACGAUUUCUGCCCGCUCUGCAGCCAGCCAAUCUCAACAGCCACGCUUUCAGAAGCUGACGGGUCUACACAAGAAAUUCACCUUGAAUGUAAAAAGGCAGAAGCUGAGCGUUCGCUUAUGUGCCUUGACCAUGACUAUUUCAAAAAAGAAAUUGCCAAGCUGGUUAGGCUUGCAUAUAAUGUCGAAGUCGAAAGAUUCAAACAGCGAAAUAGCCAAGGAACGCCAGGCGAGUGGAAACUUUUACAGAAUAUCAAAAACAGACUAGAAGUUUUGGAUUACGAAAACAAAGAGCUCAUCCAGUUCGACCCAGAAACAUUACUGGAUGAAGUUUAUACACUUAAUUUCUGAAAAAAGUCACAAAAUUUAUCUAUUUUUAUAUUAAAAUAAUUCAUAUAAAAUUAUAUAUACACUGACUCACAAUUAAAGAUGGUAAAACGCGGUGAUGUUCCAGAGGAUUUAAUUCCUAGAGAAAAAUCAAUAUCAAGUGACGAAGAAGAUUACUAUGACGACUAA